CUUCUUUUCCAGAUUCUCUUUCUCGCCCACUUGCCAAAGAGAGUGUGUGUUGUGUCCUAGAUGGCCAUAACGGACCAUCUCAGACUGGGCAGCGCUAGAUGGAUGACGGGGCCGGCCUUCCUCCGCUCCCGGGCCGGGGCGCGGUGGAUCGCCUCGCUUGUGGGCGCCACUACGGUCCUCUCUGUACUCUGGAUGCACCAGCACGAUGCAUACCCGAGCCUCACGGCAGGCUCAGCGACGCUGCACAACCUGCUGCCCCUGGGCGGUCAGCAGCAGCAGCCUGUCGACGUCGUAGCCGCUACGCCCGACAUGGCGCCAAGCAAGUCGCCUGCAGCAGCUGGCGGCUUGGCGGCUUCCUCGCUACCGCCGCCUUGGAUCGACACCCCACAGCCGUUUGACACGUCCCAGAUCGACGAGGAGCUAGUAUCUGCGGCGCUGGAUCGGCCGGUCGCCCUGGGCCCAGGCCUCGCCGAGGCCAUGGAGCGGUUUCUGGACAGGCCCGUGCUGAGCCACGAGCAGGCGGUCGCGCAGAACGAGGCUGCGUGCCCCCGGAAGCAGCUGGACAGGCAGGUGAACGCGGACCAGCUGGGCGGGGAGCAGAAGAAGUGGGCGAUGGUCGACGAGGCGCAGAUUGUCAGCAUGAGGCGGGCUGCGCUCAAGUUCCUGGAGGACAGGGCGGGCGAGGAAAAGGAGGAGGCGCUGAUCGGUCCUGGGUUUGGGCCGGACGGCGAGGCGGUCAAGAGGGGCAGCCGGGGCGUGGUCAUCGCGGCGGGGAAUCACCGCACCGUGGAGAGGGCGAUCGUGUGCGUCAAGGAGAUCCAGCGGCUGGGGUGGAAGGGCGGCGUGGAGGUCUGGCAUUUCGAGGGCGAGCUGGAGGCCCAGAAGGACCGCGAAGCCCUGAGGGCGUUGGGCGUCGAGAUCCAUAUGGUCUCGACCAAGAAGGCACCUGGGAAGUGGAAGAACUUCGAGCUCAAGGCCGAGGCGGUCCUCCGCUCCUCCUUUGACGAGGUGCUCUACCUCGACUCGGACAACUUCCCGCUGUCGGACAUCAGCGCGCUCUUUGAGGCGUCUCUGUUCCGGGAUCCCAGGGGUGGCCGGGCCGUCUUCUGGCCGGAUCUGAACCGCGACCACCCGGACAAUGCGAUCCACCGGGUGCUGGGCGUCCCGUGCCACGACGCGUGGGAGCUGGACAGCGGCCAGAUGCUCAUCGCCAAGAGCGGAAACAACGGGCUGAACCUUGCGGCUCUCUAUCUGGCGUCGUAUAUGCAGACGGAGGGCGAUUAUUGGUUCAGCGGGGGGGACAAGGAUACUUUCCGGUAUGCCCAUCUGGCCUUGGGUAUCCCCUACGUCCCCGCCCCACGCUGGCUCGCCGUACUCGGGAACCGAUUCAAGCGGGGCGGCACCACCGACAUGUUCUGCGGCGCCGCCAUGCUGCAGUACGGGCUCGUCCCGCCGCGGCCUGGGUUCACCGAGGCGUCAGACCCAACCCACCCAGAGCCGCUGUUUGUCCAUGCCAACCUCCUCAAGCACCAAAGCGGGGUGCGGCAGGGAAACGUCUUCACCAUCAUGCGACGGCUGUCUCUUGCGCAGGAUGAUGUGCGGGUGCAGCUACCGGAGCUGAGCGAUGGUUACGACGAGGGAGAGGAAAAGCAAGGGAGCAACGAUUUCGAGGGGAGGGAGGGGAGGAAGAACGGAGCUGCGAGGCCACUGGACGGUGUCGCUGGGGGUGCGAAGGAUAUACCAGGAAGGGGACUGUGUAGUGAUAUCUGGGCGUUUGGAGAGGCUGCUGAUGUUGAGGAGAUGGAUGCGAAGACGGUGUUUGGGGGCGCGAUGGGCUCGUUUGAGGACAUUAUACUACUUUCAGACAAGUCCCUCUGCAUGCUUCUAGGCGCAGUGAUUCUCCCUGCCACCUCAGCAUACAUCUCCUCCUCCUCCUCCUCCUCCUCCUCCUCCUCCUCCUCCUCCUCCUCCUCCUCCUCUCCCUCCACAUUCCCCUACCAUUCCUCCUCCACCUCGCCACAAGCGCCAUCCUCUACCUCACCGCCCUCACCGCCCUCUCCCGCGCCGCCACAGAGCAAGUGCAGCUGGCGGCCAAGUUCAAACGACACAACAACCCGCCUUUGGCCCGCCGCGACCUUCCCCAGCAUCAUCGCAACCUUUGUGGCGCGCGCAACGGGCCUCAUCGCAGCCACAUACACCCUCGCCCUACCUUGCGUCUUCCCCUUCCAGAACCCCGUCGCCAACACCGUGUUUCGCAUCCCUACUUUCUUCCUCAGCCUCAAGCUGCUCGACCUCACCCUCGUCGGGGCAGACAGGCCGCCGCAGCUGGUGCGUGCGACUACCGCCGCCACCGCCGCAGGGGGGGGGAAACUCGGCAGUGAAAGUGGGGGUAGCAGCAGUAGCAGUAGUAGCAGUGGCAGUAACAACAACCCCUCCCGCCCCAUCUUCACCAAGACCCAUCACGCAACAUACAUACAUCUGGCGCCUCCUCACCGAGACAAGAUACGCCUCCUUCAGCACAGCAGUCGACGACGAGUCCCGCCGCCGCCGCGCCCUCCUCCUCCCCAGCCCCAGCACCGGCCUGGACACUCGCCCCGCCCCCUGACCCUGCUCCCGCUCGCCUACCUCGUGCCCCUCGCCGAGCUGCACCCCUACUGCCGCACCUGGCUCUUCUGGCAGCCUUUUUGCGUCGCGGGGUCUGCUAGAGUUUUUGGUCCUGUCGCUGGUACCAGGGGGCGCGGCCCUUUUUUGUAUCGGCUUGGCUAUGUGCCGUCCAGGGCUGUCUUUACGAGGGUUGUUGUUGGUGGUGGUCGUGGUGGAGGGGGAGGAGAAGGUUGGUAG